AUGAUCUCCGUUACUGACGCUCUUCAAACGGUUCUUAACGCCGCUAAGCGUCUUCCCCCAAUUUCCGUUUCACUUCACGACGCCCUUGGCAAGGUCUUAGCACAAGACGUUCGCGCUCCUGAUCCUUUACCUCCUUACCCCGCUUCCACCAAGGACGGUUAUGCGGUUAUAGCUGCAGACGGGCCCGGUGAAUACCCGGUGAUUGCUGAAUCAAGAGCUGGUGACGAUGCGUUUGGUGUUACCGUCGUUCCCGGAACUGUCGCUUACGUAACUACCGGAGGACCUAUACCUGAUGGUGCUGAUGCGGUUGUUCAGGUUGAAGAUACUGAAAAAGUCAACAAUACUUCAGAUGAGGUUGAAAGGGUCAGAAUAUUGGUGAAAACUAUACAAGGCAAUGAUAUACGCCCGGUGGGAGUUGAUAUACAAAAAGAUGAAGUGGUCUUAACAUCUGGAGAAAUAUUAGGUGCUUCUGAGAUUGGCUUGCUUGCUACAGUUGGUGUGACAACAGUAAAGGUGUAUCCUACUCCAAUUGUUGCUGUUCUUUCUACCGGCGAUGAGCUUGUAGAGCCAUCUACUGGGCAUCUGGGUCGUGGCCAGAUUAGGGACUCUAAUCGUGCCAUGCUUCUGGCAGCCGCAGUACUACAUCAGUGCAAAGUUGUGGACCUUGGUAUUGCUAAGGAUGAUGAAGAUUGCCAGGGAAGGAUCUUGGAUAAGGCUUUUGCUUCUGGAAUUGACAUUCUCAUAACUUCAGGAGGUGUUUCGAUGGGAGACAAAGAUUUUAUUAGGCCUUUGCUUGAAAAUCGAGGAAAAGUUCAUUUCGAUAAGGUGUGUAUUAAACCAGGCAAGCCAUUUACUUUUGCAGAGAUUGGUUCUCAAUCAACAGAAAGUAAAAUUCUAGCUUUUGGGCUACCGGGAAAUCCCGUCAGCUCUUCAGUAUGCUUUCAUCUUUUUGUGGUCCCUGCUAUACGCCAUCUCGCUGGGUGGACUAAUCCUCAUCGUCUGAGGGUGCAAGCUCGGCUUCAACAGCCCAUAAAGACAGAUCAAUUUAGACCAGAAUAUCAUCGCGCCACUGUUAUAUGGACUCACAAUGAUGGAACAGGCAGCCCUGGUUUUAUUGCCGAAAGCACUGGUCAUCAGAGGAGUAGUCGACUACUUAGCAUGAAGUCAGCUAAUGCCUUGUUGGAGUUUCCAGCAACAGGCCGUGUUGUAUCUGCUGGGACCUCAGUGGCAGCUAUCAUAAUUUCCAACCUAAAACCUGUGAGUUUUGGCAAGAAUCAUACAUCAUCAGACCCAACCUCAGCUUUGCCAGGAAUUAAACCAGAUAAAGUAACUACAGAUUCUUCUGGGGGUGUUGACCUCAGAGUGGCUAUUCUUACAGUAAGUGACACAGUUGCUGCAGGGGCUGGCCCAGAUCGAAGUGGUCCUAGGGCAGUUUCUGUUGUUAAUUCCUCUUCAGAAAGGCUAGGAGGUGCCCGGGUUGUAGCAACUUCUGUUGUUCCAGAUAAUGUGGCAAAAAUUCAGGACAUUCUUAGAAGAUGGAGCGAUGAUGAACAAAUGGAUCUUAUAAUUACUUUAGGUGGGACUGGCUUUACCUCACGAGAUGUAACACCGGAAGCUACAAAAGAGUUGAUUGAAAAAGAAACACCUGGUCUUUUGUAUGUAAUGAUGCAAGAGAGUUUAAAGGUGACUCCCUCGGCAAUGCUUUCACGCUCUGCAGCUGGAAUCAGAGGAUCCACCUUGAUCAUUAACAUGCCGGGAAACCCGAAUGCUGUUGCUGAAUGUAUGGAGGCUUUAUUGCCAGCACUUAAGCACGGUCUUAAGCAGCUCAGGGGAGACAAGAGAGAGAAACAUCCUCGUCACAUUCCUCACGCCAAUGCAGUUCCUACUGAUAUUUGGGAACAGAGUUAUUUGUCAGCCACUGGUGGUGGGGGCUCUGAGGUUUCUUGUUCCUGUUGUAAGUAA